UUGACCCAAUGUGCAUCGCGGUCCGGGCCUUGUUUAAAGAGGAGCCUGGCUGGAGUAGUUUAGGGUUGCUAGGCAACCUGUCAGCGUCAGAGAGAAAUACGGAUCGAACCGAAUGUGUGAGAAGGGGCACCGGUAGGUACUGCUUGGGGAUAGUUUGUGUGUUCCUCCAUCUGCUGACUGACUGGUGCGCUGGGUUGUUAUAGGGUCCUCCAUGGUGUGUAGGUGCUGAACAAUGGCGGACACUGUUGACCCCAGGAUCCUGCAGCUAGCCUCUGAAUAUACAGAGAGCAGCAACGAGAAGACCCCUGAAUUAUUGCUGCAGUUGAAAGAUAUUGUAAAAUCAGCCCCUGCCGGGAGUGAAGAACUGAAGAAAGUGAAGGAAGAUCUGUAUCAUUAUGGCUUGAUUCAGUGCUGUGUCCUCUAUCUCAUCCAAGAUUAUCGGCUGGUUAAUGGAGGGUGGAUGACAGCAGCUAGUCUUGCCGACAUACUCAGUAUGUGCUGUGUGGGUCUGGAUCCCCAGGAGGAAGCGGAGGAGUUCUAUAGCAAGCUCUUGCCCUCCGCACUUGGGAACAUGUUGCUCUUGGCAAGGCGAAUCCAGGCUCGUUAUGUUCGAGCAAUGAAGGAAGAAGAUAGAGGAGAAUUAUUUAGCAGUUUCCGAAGGGUGAGCGAUUCACUAAGCUGGCUGUUCAGUGGCCACAUACAACUUGCCAAAGAUGUACUGCGGAUGAAGCAUUUCCUUCAGUUGCUGAUGACAGAUGAUGAAGAAACAGAGACUGUAGCGAUGUCUGUGCUGCAGAAGGUUCUGAGAGUUGACAGCUCUGCCCCACGCCAGUUAGAUGAGGAUUCUCUGCUCGCCAUCUUGGAUGAACUUGUGUACAAACUCUCAGCAUCCUCCAAUCCUGUCAUUGGAAGAGCAGCGACAUGUUCUCUGCUUCUGAUGCUGGAAUCCAAUCCAGACAUUGGGCAGCUGGUGGGAACCAGGUAUAAGGGUCUCAGAGCACUCCUAAGCAAACAAUGGACUGGGAAAGGCUUUGGGCAGGAGCUUGGGCAGCUUCUGGAAGUCCUGUACUCUAGUUCUUACCAACAGGAGGACAUGCAGAGGCUCCACAAAGCAGCAUGCACCAUUCAGGCCGUAUGGAGAGCAUUUCUAGUGAGGCAGAGAAUAAAGAGGCUCCCGAAGGCUGUGACUACCCUACAGAGAAGCUUUAGGGCUAGACGAGAGCAAGAGGUGAAUCAGCUGAAGAGACAGAGAGAGGAGGAAGCUCUACGGCACCAGCUGCAGCUUAACAGGGUCCGAGCAAUGAGAAGGUUCCGUGAGAAGCAACUCGCUCUCCUGGAGAUCGUGCAUGCAGGACAGAUGGACAAGCACUUGCGGGAGAUGCAAGAAAGGGCGGCACUGACCAUCCAGAAGAGCUGGCGGGGGUACAAAGAACGGAGGCAGUUCCACAAGCAGAAAAUCCAUCUUGCACAGUACAAGGCAGCCAUCUGCAUCCAGAGAGCAGCGCUCAAGUUCCUGAGCAAACGCCGGAAAAUUCGUGAGACUUUAACUCUGUGGAAGAAAACGGAUCUAUCAGACGAACGUCGCCAAGAGCUUCAGCAGAGACUGGAUAGUCACCUCCAUCUGCACCCUACACCACAGAUGUCGGCAGAACAGAGCAACGAAUUACAUGUUCGGGCCCAGGAGAAGCUGGGUCAAUACCUUCUGAAAAGAAGCUUUCACAGAGGUUCUGAGCAACGCAGAGAGGCACUGCUGGCUCAGAUUAACACAGAUAUUAAUAUGCUGAUGGAUGCCCCGGGAUUGGCACAUGUGACAGAAAAGGACCUGGAUAAGUUUAACAGUCGAUCUCUUCCUGUGGUCCUAAAAGCCAAACAGAGCCACAACACAAUGCUGAAACGUAGCCGUUGGCCCUGGUGGAGGAAAUUGGGGGAUGAAUUUAUUGAAGAAGAUGAAGUUCUUCUCUCUGACAUUCCUACCCUGGAGCACGGGGCCCUGUUCAUCGCUGGUACCAAGGAGUGAGCCAGACUUCAGAGACAAAAAGGAAGGGGAUCUCAGGGCUGUCUCAUGGCACAUUAUUUUUACAGUACACAUUCCAUAUAGACCUGAUACUAAUAACACUCUCUUUAAAAUUCUCUGCACUUGGCGGAGGAAGAGGAAGGUUAGAUUCAUGCACCAAGGCAAAGGGGUAAUGAAUUGGAUUCAGCUUCUCUUCACUUGAUCCUGAAUAGGGAGGUUUAAAGGGAAGUGUGCCUUAAAUUGCAUUUUAAUGUGAUUGUUGAUCCUGCAACUCGUGCAUGGGAAUUUGGAACAAUGUAUUAAAGUAACACAAAACAA